AGUUGGGACUAAAAAAAGUCCUAGGACUCAUGAACCAAACAGGGCCUUAAUAACUCCGCAUCCAAAGUUCCAAACCCUAAUGGCAGGACCGCCGCCGACGUUGGGGGCUGCAGGCGGGAGGGACCUCAUAAGCGGACUCCCCGACGACCUUCUCCGCGAAAUCCUCGGCCGCCUCCUAUCCACCACCGCCGCCGCGCGAACCAGCGUCCUCGCACGCCGCUGGCGCCGCGUCUGGGCGGACCUCCCCGAGCUCGUCCUCGGCGACGACCUGAUCCAUCACGGUUCCUUGUCCCUCGACGCGAUAGACGGCGCACUUGCCGCCUACUCCGCCGCCCACGUCCAUGGCCUCAAGAUCACAGUGCCCUACGACACCCCCGCCCACCGUGUCCCGUCGUGGCUGCGCUUCGCCUCGCGGCGCCUCGCGGGCGCGCUCUACCUCCACGUGCGCGCACCUCGUUCAACUUAUCAGUGGGAGCAAUGGCGUGCUCGCAAGAUCGAGGUUCUCGAGCUGCCACCGUGCGAGGGAGCGACGAGCAUAAAGUUUCUCCUCCACGGAGUGCUGCACCUCCUCCUCCGGCCACAACUGCCGCCGCCGGGCGGGACCAUGUUCCCGGCGCUGACGGACCUGGAGAUCAGCAGCGCCACCAUAGAAAGCAGUGCCCUGGGAGCCCUCGUGUCCAUGCAGUGCCCGUGCCUGCGGAAGCUCAGGCUGGCGUUGCUCAGGCUGGUCACCGCGUCCGACAUCUCCAUACGCUCCGGCUCGCUCCGGCACCUCGAGGUCACGGACGUCCGGAAUACCAUCCAGCUCCACGUCGCCGCCCCUGUGCUCCAAGUGCUGGACGUCAGGUCUUACGUCGCUAAGGUCUACGUCGCCGCGCCGAGCCUGGAGGAGGUCGUUGUCUGGAGCACGUGCCCACACUUCGUGUUCGCCGACUCCGGGCGACAUCUCCGGCGGCUAGAAGUCAUGCGGUGCUCUGCGAUGGCACCGCUGGUGCGGCGGUUCGACUCGGUCGACGAGCUGCGACUGCGCUACAUUGUACCAGAAGACGGAUGGAAGAGAUUCUUGGAUGACGCGACCAAUACUCUUCCCAAGUGCCAAACCUUGUGGGUAUCCUCAAUCGGGAAUAACCAUGGCUUUGUACCAAUCGUGUUGCGUCUCCUCAGGAGAGGGAACGAUAUAAAGAAGCUGUGUAUAACAUACACAUACAUACCCUCCACGAUUGAUGGAUCGCCAAUGCGUUCCAUGUCGGACAACACCAUCCUUGAUUCACUUGAAGAGAUAGAGAUUGAUUAUAUGAAAGGAUCAGAAGAUGUAUUGGUGGAAUUCCUAAAGCAGCUGAUAUCCAAUACAUGGAGCAUGCCAAAGUUGAAAAGUGUGGAAAUCAACAUGUCGCACUCCCCUUCUUCGGUGAACGACGUGGUACACGAGCGGAUCCGCGCCAUGUUCCCUCCUAAUAUCAGCAUCAGAUCAAAUGCGUUUCCCAAUGGAAGGCCGCGCUGGAUUGUUUGAAGCUAUUAUUUCUACAUGACCUGCGUUUUCAUACUUUUUUUUUUGAGAAACCGCCUGAUAUAUAUGCAUGUGAGAUUGGACCAUGUCUAGAAAACUGAAGGAUGGAAACAUCAAUAUUAGAGUAGGCGAGUAGCCAUGCAUACUUGCUGUGUACCAUCAGUCUCUCAGAGCCACUCUAGCAGACCUCUUAUAUCAC